GAGCGCUGACUCACAAGUCUCUGACUUCAACUCAGGUGCAUACGCAACAGCUUCGAGUGUUUCGGAGACUCAGGAUCCAAGCAUGUUGUAUUACAUGACGCAACAGCCUGCAACUGUGAACCCCAAUGAGGUUUUACUGAGUUCAGGGUCUGGUUAUGCAACUCAGAAUUACCCCAGCUCUUAUCCAACUGCCGAGCCUACUCAACCGGAAGCUUCAUCGGCUACCACUCCACACUACUGUUCAGAAUGUGACCGCUUCUUCGGUGGUAACAGAGACUUGAACAAACACAUGAAAACUCACAACAAGCCCGUCAAAUGCAAAGCCGAUCCCAGCUGCAACGUCACCAAGGCAGAGCAGCGGGACAUGGAUCGUCACUACCGAACUUCUCACAGAGCCUACGCGGCGAGGAAGGGUAUCCUCACCGAGGAUAGGAUCUGCGGAUUGGAGGGGUGUGCUUCAAAGUUUACGAGGCAGGACAAUCUGGUUAAGCAUUGGAAGAAGUUUCACAACUACCAACAGUGACGGAACGGCCGGUGGUUCCAUUUUCUUUCUUCCUAUCUCUUAUUAGCAUAUGCGGUCUUUUCCUUUGUUCGUCAUAUGUCUUCUGAUUUCAUGUGUUUUUGACCAGCCUUCCCUGCCUUGCCACCGGGCAAAGACGGGGGAUCGCUUGAGAAGCGAGUACGGGAACGCAUAACAACAAUUCAGAGUCACUCAUUCACAGGUUCAUUCUUUGGUAUAGUUGUGGUUAUAUAUAUGGAGUAUCAUGUUUUAGUAUCUUUGUUUAUUCAGGUAGAACAAUAAAAUUCUGUUGAUUUCUCUUUUCGCUUUCU